AUGCUGGCCAAAACUCUUUCUGCUCCAGGCCUUCCUGCUGCAUCUUCCUCCCGUGGUCCGGUCAAAUUACCCUCAUGGCGAACCAGUGCCCUCGAUGGACCAAGCUCACCGAAACCCUCGUUGUCAAGACCUGGAUCCUGGAUUGGGGAGGCCUUUGAACUUUCAAGUCAGCCCUCUGGCUCAUACCACUCUCGCACCAAUGAACAUGAGCAAGACGCUGAUGAUGACGACGAGAUCCAAUUUCUCGAGGAAGCUCCCGCACACUUGAAAAGGACUACCAAUAAGGACAAUCCGAUUCCUAUCGAUGAUUCGGACGAUGAAGGGGAUAAGAAGAAUUCAAAGACUCGAGCUGUAGAAACAUUAUCGCAGAGUAAACGAAAAAGACAGCCAGUUUCGGCUGCGCCAAUGCUAGAUGAGGAUGGAUGGGAGAUACCCAAUUUUCCGGAAGAUUCGCCAAUCCCAUCGGACGAGGCUGGGCCUUCAACCAAACGGCCCCGAUUCGAGCCUCUCGACCCACAGGAAGCCCUUCUUCAGCUUCUCAAAGUCAUACCCGACGUCGACGAGGCAGCGGCUCUCUUCCAUUUGACUGAUCUGAUCAAUACUGGAAGAACCCAUGACUGUGUUCAGCGAACUGCCGCCAUUCUGCUUGAGCUCGAAGGUGGUUAUCCUAAGGCAAAGAAGGAGAAAGGCAAGGGUAAAGCUGUAGAGGAAUCUCCCGAGCUCUAUCGUGAUCAAGAUUACAGGAGGGCGGAACGGCUUGGCUGUGGUUACUUCCAGCUGAGUGAGAGGGAACUGGUUGGGAGUUUUGCCCAAAUCCCUGUCAACCACAUCCGAUCUACGUUCAAGACCCAGGGACAACUGUUGGUCCCAACUUAUACGGCUCUCCAGGGACAAAUGAAGCUCAAGGAACCACCGUUCGUCCCACUGAAGCGACCGAGAGCUUCCUAUUCAAACGACUUGGACCUCGCGCCUGAUCAUUGUAUGGAUAACAGCAAUCAGACUUAUGCCGGAGCUGCAGAGUUUUACAAGGAGAGGACCUGUUUGUUUGAAAUUAUUGCACGAGAUAAGGCUCAGGAUCUAGCGGCCGAGAUGGCGAAGACUGCCCACGAUACCGCACUUGCCAACGGUGAAGGUAUCGAGUGUGGAUGUUGUUUUGGAGAGGAAGUUUGGGAUAACAUGUUUCAGUGCGACGAGGGGCAUCUGUUCUGCCGCGACUGCGCCAAGAUGCAUGCCGAGACGAAGUUGGGGGAGCAGAAGACUGUCAUUGAUUGCAUGGAUGGAUCCGGCUGCAAAGCUCUCUUUCCAGAUUCUGAACUGAAGCGUCUGCUCCCUGUCAAAUUACUCGAACUAUACCAUCGCCUGAAACAAGCUGCCGAGCUAGCGCAGGCAAGCAUUGACGGUCUGGAGAGCUGCCCGGGGUGUGACUAUGCAGCAAUCAUCGAGAAUCCUCAAGAGAAACUCUUCAAGUGUGAAAAUGAAGCGUGCAUGCAGAUCUCGUGCCGCCAGUGCAAGAGACCCGAUCAUAUCCCCAGAACUUGUGAAGAGCUGGACAACGACCAAAAGCUCGACAAGAGGCAUAGCGUCGAGGAGGCAAUGUCAGAAGCGCUCAUUCGCAAGUGUCCACGCUGCUCCAAACCGUUCCUUAAGGAAUACGGGUGUAACAAAAUUCAUUGUACUGGCUGCAACACUUUGUCCUGCUAUGUGUGCCGACAGGUCAUCAAAGGAUACGAUCAUUUUGACCAAAAUCCAGACGUUCCAGGACAGGCUAGAAAUGGCACCAAGUGCCUUCUGCACGAUCCUGAAGAGCAUCAAAAGGACGCACAGACUGUCUUGGCGGCACGAGAUUUGGCUCAAAAGAACGUCAAGGAAGCGGCCAAGGCCCAGGGCUUGGAUCUCGAUGAUGCCGAUCUGCAUGUGGACGCCCCUGGCCAUCCUUACCUUCUUUACGGAGUGGCUCAGUACAAUCCUCCAGCUCAUCACUACGGUAUCCAACCUCGGCAUCAACCUGGUGCCAUCGGUGUGGUUGGAGCUGCGGGCCGUCCCGAAGCAGACCUCGCAGCUCGCUUCGCGGACAAUGACCAAUUGCUUGCAGGACCCGCACGACAAUUAGUGGACGGCCGACAGCAUGAAGCGCUCGGGGCACAACCAGGCCUGAUCCCUGCUGUAAGGGCCGGUCUUGCGCAUUAUCCAGCACCUGUGGGUCCUCGGCCGGCUCCUAAUGCUCUAGGCGGGGCUCUCGGCCCUUAUUGGUAA